AGUAUUCAAUCUAACUAUUCACUACAUUUUAAUGAAGAAUUUUACCAUACAUGUAUAUAAUUGCCCUUUGCAGUUCAAAAGCAAAAUAAGUUUUUUCACCAUGCUCUUUUCCAGUGUUCACUUGCAGAGAGAAUCCAUCAGCUCACAGAUCCUGUGAAGUGUAAGCUAAAUCCAAAGACUAAAUAGGUGACUAUUAAAGAUAAUGAUCAAACAAUCUACAAUGAAAUAUAGAGCUGCCACUGCUAGAACCAUGUAGCUGACAAUGGAUAAAGAGAUUCAUUUCAAAUGAAGAAACGAACAUCAAAUUAAUACAAACAUGCUCCGUCAUCUCAACAACUCUUUUCAUGUUGUUCAUCAAUAUCAAAGGCAGUAUAGUAUCACCAUGGAUAAGCCAACAUAUUACCAGAAAAAUAAAAAAAAAAGGGAAAAAAAGAAAAGAAAAAGAAACCAACAUGAUAAUGGAACCUUUCCUUUGGUCACCCCUAACUGCUAUGGCAAAUCUGUCUUGGUUUAUCAUUUGGUCUUUCUUACUUCUGCUCUUUUAGAAGGCAAAAACAAUUUUUAGCAAAAGUUAUAAAGAGAUCAUGAAUCAUAAAAGAAAGAUCUAACUCCAAAGAAACCUUAAAAAUAGAAAAAGGACGGGAAUUAGAGGCAUCAAGAGCAAGAGGAAUGGCAGGAAAAGGUUAAGUUAUUGUUAAAGAAACCACAAUACAUCAUGGAAGUCUAGUCCAAUCUACUCAGCUUUGUUUACUGAAACACCCUUUCCCAUUCUGUCAGCAAAUCUAAUAAGGUUAUGUUUUAUUGGGGGCAAUAAUUAUUCCUUGAUCAAACCAUAAAGAUAAGUGUAAAAUUAAAAAACUUAUCUAAUUUGGACUUUGUUUGGUUUAGCCAUUUCAAACUGGUUAAUAUUUUCAGUUGUUCAUAAUUCAAACACUAUUAACCGUUAAAUAAUGACUAUCAGCUAUAGGUAGUCUGAAACAGCUAAAUCAAAUAGACUAAGUAAACAAUGUAUAAUUUUAAGGCUUAACUAUUCUUGAACUAUUCAUAACUUGUUAAGUGAGUAUAGUUUGACCAAGAAAUAGUCAUUAUUCCCAAUUAAACAUGACCUAAAAUAUUACAUAUCAUGUAGAGUAGUUAGAAUAAAAAGGACUAGAGACAGGAACUCCCAAUCCAAAAGAACGGUGCAGAAAAAUAAACAGUGUUUCCUUCCAUAACAACAUUGGCUGACAAUGUUAUUUUAUCUGGUAAGAAUUCUUCAGGUUGCCAUUGUUCAAGUAAAAUAUAGUGAUUCUCUUGCUACACAUCCAUCUCCAUUUUCACUUUGACGAAGUUUUUUACUGCUUGUGAUACAAAAUUAUGAAACACGAUAUUCCUUUUACAAAUAAAACUCUAUAAUUGUUAUCUUUAUUGGAAUUUGGAAAGGUAGGAGGUGGUAAAGUAAAUGCUCAGAAUAUUAAUUGUCUAUGACUCUACGGUAGAAUUAGAAGUGAAACUGUUUCUUGUGAGCAACAUUGCCGUGAAGUUAAAGUUUAAAGUACAAUGAUCAUGAGUAAUCACGUGCUAAA